GACAAUCAGAACCUAUGUCAACAACUCAUAAGCUGGCACGGUCACUUUUGUAUCCGUUAUCAAAACAGAUCAACAGGAGUUAAACACACACGUCAAGUUGUCACGCGACGACUGCACGUGUCCGAGACAGCGGUCACGUCGACAGUGAGGGGAGGUGACCAAUUCUGAUCUACUCCAUGUCACCGUUUUCCUUAAUUGUCAAAAUCUGUAUAAAAACCGCAAACGCCCAGUCACAUUCAUCAAAUUCAUCUUUCAAUAUUCUACAAUACAAAGCAAGUAACCGCAUAUCUAAACGAUGGAAAGAGCAGAGUCUACAGUCAAACUUGUCGACAAUGAUCAACUGGACCUCCUCAGUAAUCAGACCGAGUCCGAAGGUUUCUCGUCUGGUUACGACUCUACCGACGUAUCGGACUCCGAAUCAACUACUCAACACGAGGAUGACAACAACGAUGAUGUCGAUGACGGUGUGGACUUACAAUGUGAUGUCAGUGGUAGCCACAUUAAGUACCAGAACACCAGCGCCCUCUGUGAUCACCUAAAGUACAUCUUGUCCAUGCCAGAACUUUGUGACGUCACAUUCCUUGUAGGACCAACCAAAGUCCCCGUCCAUGGAGUAAAAGCAAUUCUAUCAACUCGAAGCAGAGUUAUGUACCAGCUGAUCUUGAAGAACGAACGCGGUGUGGCGGAAACCAAGAAGUCCAGAAAGACCCGACAGUCCCGUCUGACCAUCGAAGUAAACAAGUACCAGCCCGAGGACUUCCGCAAGAUAGUGCAGUUCAUCCACUGUGGUUCUGUGGAUGUAGACUCCAGAAGUGUUGCCGGCUUACUGUGCGGUGCUAGACAGUUUGGAUUAGAUGAUUUGAAGACAGCCUGUUGGGACUAUGUCAGGCGAUGUGUACAGACUCGACCCCAGUCUCUGACGACCAUACAAAGAGGAGCCAACCAAUACAUACAUCACCGUUACGGCAUCAAGCUUUUCACGAAGAUACAGCAUUUGAUGACAUCAUCUACUAAGAGGGCGGCUGCGGAGACAGCAGUGUGAGAUACACAACACCAGGAUUUCCCUUGUAGUGCUAUUGAUACCUAAAGUGCUAGAGACUCUCGCUAAAAACAUCAAUGACUGAUAACUUACACAUGUGUCGGGGGCCAAAGACAAUGGGCCACACACAUCUUAUGCAGCUCCGGACAACGUUUCCAGAUCGUGUAUGAACUGCGACACAUAUCCAUAAUGUUACUGUGCUAUUUUAUUACCGAUUUCAAUUAUAACUGUGCUAAUAUAUGUGCUGUAAAUAUCAAAUAUUUAUGUCAUGUAAAUAAUAAAACAAACCGAAAAUAUUA